ACUGAAUUGAUUGACCCUUAACAACUGCAUGCCACCCGCACUUCAUGUGGUCCCACUCACCGUAAGAAGCGCGUUAGCUGCUGCUGACUCAGAGCAGAUGUCUUAGUCAGUCCACAUGUACGUACGUGCAGCCACGCGACGGCCAAACCAUCGACUAACACAUGCACCGAUGCAGCUGCCUCUCACAUUCAAUACAGCCUCUCCCUUUAGGACACGAGCGGUGAUCUCUGCAGCCGAAACCUGAAAGAAAGCGCACACAGGACAAGAGAGGAGAGGUGACUUAAUUUUGCAAUGGCCGCUGCAGUCACAGUGCAGUGCAGUGUUGCGAAGCUGACCCACGGAACAAGCACAGAUCUCUUCGGCAAAAAGACCGCUGGAUGUGCCAGUGGGGCUGGCGGCUCCUCUCUGACUCCUCUCUGACGGCUCCUCUCUGACGACUCCGGCCGAUGGCGCACUCUUACACACUCUGCGGAUAAGGGAAGCGCCGCACCACAGCCACAGAUGCGUGUGCACGCGUGUGCGGGCGGCUCACGAGGCAGACAGACACUCCCACCGUACCGUACCAAUACCUCCUCAGAGUGGUCUCGUGAGUAGCUGUGCUGUGGUGGGCUAAGCUUGGACGCUAUCGACCACAGCUGCCAACCAACUUGAGCGCGCCAUCUCAAGCAGCGGACGGCCACACACACUGUCUUUUCUUGCGGGUCGUCACCCAGAGAGGUCUGUAUGCAAUUAACGUCCGUCGGCCUUGGCGCUGACUGACCAGCCCAUUUCACUCACUCAUGCACCGGACCUCGUUCCCUGCCUGCCUGCCUGCCUCGCCGGAACCUGACGACAAACAGGCAGGCGGACAGACAGACAGACAGACAGACAGACAUGCACACACAAUAAAUCAGACUGACGUGCAAAUCCAUCCAUCCUUUCUUGCUGCAGCCUAUCUUCUCGCCCAUCCCUCCCCUCCAGUGCGUGACCUGACCUGCUCUCCUUGCCGCACACACACGGGCAUCUACACAUCUGUUCACUCUGCUGAUAACAAGGAAGGGAAGCCACGGACGCUGUGCUGCUCACUGACUGACUGAUGGGAACUCCACCUUACCGAAAGGGAAAGAGCCUUACAGCCUUGAAAGCCGUGCAAAUCAACAAAGCGCCAGAUCACCGCUCCCCGUUUCAGAUCGCCACACCCACGCCAAUUCCUGAACUCCCCGUUGAACACAAACAACACAAAAGGUCUCGAAAUCCUUUCCAUUCGUUUGCGAGCUAAGCUUGCACACGCAAAGAUCUCGCUCCCCUCCACAAUCGCCGGACACAUUCAGACACCGAGGACGCCGUGAGAUGUGAUGUGAUGCUGUGGAUUGCUGGCUCACCUUGUCACCUGACCACCUGACGGUGCCCAUUGUAUAUAUGCUCCGCUCAUCC